CCAAUAUCUCGUCUCCUCUAUUCAGACAGUUCUUUCUUUCUUUGCCAGUGUCACCUGAACAUCCCUUGUCAAAAGUACGAAGGACAAAGUUACUAAUUUCUUGUUAUCUUCGAAUUUUUUGAACAAUGAUGAAACGAUUCUUAACACCGUCUACUCUUUUCCUGAUCAUCGUUACGACGAAUAUGAUCUUUGGAAGUCCUUUAUCAUUAAUUAGAUUAUUAACAAAUAAUCAUGCUUAUGGCCAUGGAGUUAACAAAGGUUCUAAUCAUUUGGACAAUGAAAAGAAUUAUGAGAAUUCAAUAUCCAUAGAUGAUUCUGCUCCAACGGCUGAUAUUAAUUUACAGGAUUACCAACAUGAUUGGACGAAAAUUACGAAGAACCCUGCGAGUUCUUUAACUGCCACAAUCGGAAACCGAAUCGAGUUACAAUGUGAAGCUAAUGGCAGUCCACCGCCACAAAUUCUUUGGUUGAAAGGAAACGAUCCGGAAAAGCAGCUAGCCGAGUUUCUGGGCAAAAGUAUGGCGGAUAUGGAGAUUUCUUCCGACGGAUGGGAAGGACUCGGUCAGAUUGUUUCGAAACUCGUCAUAGAAUGUGUUACACCGAACGAUCAAGGUUUAAUUUAUUGCGCAUCCGUAGCUGGCAAGAAAGUGCAGUUGUCCAGUCCGACCUUACUCUUGAUCAAUGGAGAGAAUGGAAACAGCAGUUGUAACGGCGAAAAUAAACCCACGAUAAGUCUGUACUCACCGAUGAGAUUUGCUCUGAUUGGAUCUACGGUCGUUUUGCCAUGUAGAGCUACGGGCAAGUUGAGACCUUAUACGUAUUGGUUGGACAAUAACGCGGCAGUUAUACAUUCGUCCUCGAAUCCACGACAUAAGAUCUUAAGAAAUGGUGAUUUAGUCAUAGAUCCACUCGAAUGGACAGACAUGGGAAGUUUGACCUGUUAUGCCAAAUCCGAUUACAAGGAAGACAGUGUGACUACAUUUCUUUAUCCAAUGGUAAAGGAUAAGAAGCAUUUCUAAAAGUGAAAAGAAAAUUAAGAAGAAGAAGGAAAAAGGAACAAACAAAAAACAAACUAUAAAAAAGAAGAAAAAACCCGACGAAGGCCUAUUGUCGAUGUUCUCAAAUUCGUAUGAUUAUACUGAUUCAAGAUUUAAAAGAGUACAGUGAAAGUAUCAUUUCGACAGUAUGCAAAUACGGUUGAUUCAUUUCGAGCGUCAGUUUAAUAUGUUUGUCCUUUCGAUCGCUGUUCGCUCUGAGAAAUUUUUCUAACGAAGUACACCUUCGAGCGCACUCAUGCAAUGAUUGCUAUAAAUCAAACUGGACACGACCAGUUGAUCUCUUCCGACGAAAUUAUCAUAGUUUUCUUCUCUUCUCGUUUAUUCGUCUUAUGAUAAUACAUAUGUACACACAUGCGCACGCACAUACACACACACACAUACAUACAUACAUACACAUAUUAUUUGUCGAGUUAUAACAAUGUAAUUUUUCUUUUUUUAAAUUUCUUUCUAUUUCACAUCUAUAAUGAAUAUAUUUUUAACACGUAUUUAACGAUCGUAUAUAUCGGUAUUAGAAAAAAAAAAAAGAAAAAAAAAAGAACAGUAGUUAUGCUAUAGUAUGUAAUUUUAAACGAUGUACUUAUUUGUUUGUAUAUUGUGCAAAUUGUUUGUUCAUAUUUUUAUGUAUAUUUUUUAUUAUUAUUAUUUUUUUUUAAUUUUUAUCAUAUUUUUAUAUACGUUGAUAUUUAGAUUAUAUUAUGUAAGAGCUUUUCAGAAUUAUUGUUAAUGUCAAUGGACCGCUACCUCGAUUUUGCAUCAAACAAAGAGGGUAUCUUUAUCAGUAUUAUUAUUACAUUAAGAAAUAAUGAUGAGAAAAAAUUGUCUUGUACUUUCUCCACAUCGACGCUUUGUAAUGUAAAUUAAUAUAAAAUAUACAACUUUCAAUAAAAAGUAGGAACAUGUAUUAGCAA